CGUUCAUAAAUUUAGGGUACAGUCAGUCGAUUAGCGUAUCGAAAGAAGGGCCUUGGCUUAUUGCAAGCUCUAAUAUUACAUCCAUCAUCUCAUCCUUCUUGUGGCUUACUACAUGGGCUAGUGUGUAUUGAAAGGCAAAUUGAGAACAUGGCCGAUGACAGAAAAGUGUUCUCUAUUGCCGAAGAAGGCUGUUUACGUGUGAGUUCACAUAUUCGGCGAAUCGUAUACCACAGAUCCUUGAAUGUAUUGUUGGUCUUCUCCUCAAAUGGACCAAGAGACCAAGAAAUCAAAGUCGUCGUCUUAGACAUAGCAUCUGGGACUGUUUUACAUGAUACAAAAGUGAGCCUUGCUCCUUCAAUUUUGCCAGGGUCAAAUUCACAAGGGGAAGCUGUUUUUGAGGAUGAAUUGCUUGAAAAUGAAUUGGAUGGAGGUAGUUUCCAGACAUUCAAAGAUCCCCUUAAAUGCCUUUCAGUUGCUGAGCGGGGAACAAUGAUAGUUGCCCACAAUGGCUUUCUUGGAGUUCGUAAAGACUUUGGGCGAGCUCUGUUGCUGGAAUCUAUUCUUCGGCCUCCUGUACUCUGUGAAGACGAUGUUGUCCACAUAGAAUUGCCACACAAUGAGGCAAUGUUGCUGAGAGAAUGUCUUCAAACCAUGGAUCUGGGUCAAACAGACCCAGAACUAGGCAACAUGCAGACUCAAGUCAUUAACUUACUCACCAAACAUAUGAAACAAUAUCUGUUCAAUGUUUCCAAAGGAUCUAGAAUGUCUUCCAAUUGGUGCAUAGUUAAUCUGGAACUGCCUUUGAAGACCUUGAAGGCAGUUUGCACUUACGCAGUGCUGGAAUUGAAGAAAAACAACCGAAGCAUCCCUGCCCUACCGAUUGCUUCUUCAAUUGUCGUCAGAUUAGCUUCGCUCCAGCAGCAAUCUAACCAACCACAGCUACCUCAACCCUCCUCUUCUUCCUCAUCAACCGUUGUCAAGGAAGAUAUAGCCCCUUUCUACCACUCGGCUAGCAGUACCGGCAACAACAACAACAGCAGCAACUUUAGCGGGAGCGCAUGGGAACCGAGUUUCUGCCCUGCUUUGCACCCCAUGACCAGCGAAGCAUCAAGACGCGAAACUUUUGCUAGCUGGCCUCACAUGAACUACAAGUGGGCUUUGCCGACACAGAUGGCGGAAGCUGGCUUCUACCAUCAGCCAAAUACGCCGGAGAGUGACCGAGCAGUUUGCUUUCUCUGCAAUGUGUGUCUCAUUUGUUGGGAACCAUCUGACGAGCCGUGGUCAGAACAUGAACGCCACGCAGCCACAUGUCCAUUAGUCAAAGGUGACUAUACCUCCAAUGUACCCGUCGCUGUCUCUAUGGCGACACAGCCGGCCACGCAGCAAGAUACAAAUCCGUCAGAAACCAUCGCCUGCAUCUCGACUACAACUUGCCCCGAUCUCUUUGCUACAUCCACGGCUGGUGGGUUGGUAGUGCUUUGGAAUAUCAGCGGAACCCUGAAGCGUGAAAUCUCGUUCAAUGCUGCCCAGAGAAGCCAACUACCUUGCCCGGUUCGAGUUACUUCCCUUAGCGUCGUGUCGGGAUCGUUUUCAAAUGGCCAUCAGCCCGUUCGUUGCUCAUUAGUAUUGGGCAUGACGUUAGGGUAUCAGCUGGAGCCUUUCCUAGUCGUUUACGACGUCACCUGGAUCAGAGCUUACCAGGACGUCCAACCAGAGCCCGGGCCAUCUACGCCAACGUCCAAUUCAUCUGGAUCAACCAUCAAGAAGGGUGGAACUACCAAAAAAGUCCUUUCAACUCCGCACGCCCUGAACGCCAACAAUAGCGGGAGCCUUUUUGAAACAAUGGUAAGCAGCCUUGGAUCAGCCGGCGCAAAUGCGGAUGCCAGUGCCAAUCCUGGUUUGUUCUUUUCCUUUGGCGAUGACGACGAAGAAAUGUACAUAUCAUCAACGAUGGACGCUAAUGAGAAACUUGGCAAAGCUACAGCAGGUCUGCUGAACAAGCUGAUGCACAACAUGGGCUCGCCUUUUACCAACUCUGUCAUUCCCCAGCUUAUGAUGGGCGAAAAGAGUUCUUCCAGCCAUUCUUAUUCCGGUUCAGCAGCAACUGCAGCGCCACCCUUUGCCCUGUCGCCGAAAGCGUCGGACCAGCCGGAAGUCACAUUAAACCAGCCGACAUUGGUUAAUCUGAAGGAUUGCGGAGUGGAAGGCGGAUUGGAAGUAGUCUCGCUGAUACCGACGUGGGACGCUGGGUAUCUGGUUGUCGUUCUAGCUCCUGCAGAGAAAUCAGAGAUGCCAAGGAAUAUAGAAGAAAUUGCUACAGAGCAAAAGAAAGCCAGUUCUCAUAUUCUCCUCUUCCAGUUAAACAUUGGCGAGCCUGGAUUAGUUGAACGACCUGUCUGCCAGUUAAACAUGGCUGCAAUCGAUGAACCGCGCUGUGUCGUGAUGCUACCCUUUGGAGAGCGUAACGAUGAACCGGAAUGGUCCGCUGAGGAAGAAGCGGCAAUGCGUGGACCAAUGAGAGCCGUCGUAGUGACAAAAGAUGGCCGUCUCAGAUUGUUGUACAUGGAUCCGAAACGCACCAACUCUCAGCUGACAUGGCUGGACUUGGAAUCGGUUUCGCCGCACAAGUUCAUGGACGCCACGUACUGCAGUAGUGUUGAAAGAGUGUGCGCUACCACCGAUAAAGGGGAUUUGGUCUUUUUCAAACUCAUAACACACGGGGGCGCAACUGGUUCCAGUCGACUUCAUUCCUCUGGUCGGUCUGGAAUGCGGAAAGGCAAGGAACCAUCUCCGACGAAGCUGUUAAUCCAUCAACCACUUACGUCCGAGACCCUUCAGUCGUUGUACGAGCUCACACAAGCCGAGAAACUACCGCAAGCCUGUCAGCUGACGAUCACUGCCGCAUCUUGCUGGAUGGAAAUGGCCGUGUCACAAGGUCAACGUAGACAGCCGCAACCUUGGCUUUUGCAGCCGGGCAGUUGCACGGCCCCGAACAACAGCGGGAGCGAAGACGGUCUUCAAAUGGCCAGACUAUUUAAAUUGCAGCAAGAUAAAUUCAGCUGGGAUGAACAUUUCUUUGAAAUGAGCCUGCCGCCUGGCGUGCCCGUUUCUCAUGUUCACCUGCGUUUCAUUUUGGCCCCGUCUUGCUCCGUCCCACCAGAAAUUCAAGUAUCUUUGUUGGAGCAGCGUAGUCGUAGUUUGCAAUGGGGCCGCACUUCGCUUACUGCCAACCCUGCGGAAGAGGUGGAUAAUCUAAUCAAUUUCAAUAUGGGCCAGCCGUUGCCUCGUUUCACGGCCGCGUCGUCCAGCUCAGAAUCCGCCAUCAAUCCUAUCCUGACGCAAGAGUACCUGGAAGCACACAACGCCGUAUUGCUUUGCGGGCCGUUCAAGCUGAACCAAUUUUUAGACGCCUCCGGCCAAGUGGCCAUGCUCUCGCUAAGUAGUCAUCAACUGAUGCAGUCCACGGCCAGGAAUUUUCUCGUCCACUUGAAGUACAUCCCGUCCGUGGCCCACCCGAAUUCUUUGAGUCUGUUAAACAUCCCACGGCCAAUGACUAAUCCCUGCGGCCGUCGCACUAUUCAAACCAAAGGCUGUGAUUGGAUCCAAGAAGUAUCCAUUUCGGUGCAACGUUUCAAAUCAACAUCUAUCCACAAUGAAAGGGCACAUCGUUGUGCUCUAUUAGCAUCGUCUAAUUUUACUGGCCAACUCCUGGAAUUCGCUUUCCAGUCCAACUUACGUCGUGAGCACAUUAUGGCUCUCGGGAUUCUCAAUUGGAAAACAGCGGCUCAUUAUGGAGCUCCUUCAGGAGUCGCGUGUUUGACAACUGGCGAUGUGUCUGGCCACGUUGUCGAAAUAUUUAACAACCUGAAGGGUUUGCUUGGCCGGUUUGUGAUUCAUGGCAAUCGUACAACAGCCCAGCAAGUCGUCCAACUUCUUUUUUCAUCCCAUGAGCUGGGAAUAUGCCUGUCGGAAGAGGAAGUGACGGUCAUCACCAAGCAAAUGAUGCACUGUCUACUCCAGCAGCUGGGAUCGUUGCAAAACUGCGCCUCCCCAAGCGUUGUUCAUUGGUAUCUGGUUCUUUUGUCACGUGUCUAUCUUCGCAGCCAAACUGAAGUCGCCGGACCAGUCUGGGCCGUCCUGACUCAGAUCAUCUCCGAAUUGCAUCGACGGAGGGAGCCGCUCCAGCAGUUACUUCAGAGCCGCUACGGCUUCUACGGCCGACCUUUCGAAACUGAACUUAUGUUCAGCCUGACCGAAGAUCAACACUUUCAGCAAGUAUCGCCCACCAAGACUGUCCGGAACAAUAUCGCUGCCAAUUUUGCAGCGCUUAAUCAACUUGUCAAUCCGCCCAGCCCUUGUGAUAAAGAAAAAAGCUACAAUAACCUGGACACACUCUCUCUCAAGCGCUCCUGUGAUCUGCUAGAAGUCGAGCCGCUGCCAUUUACGCUCGUCUCUGCUAGCGAUGGUGUCCGUCUGGAGAAAGCCGACUCGGGCAGUUCCCAGUUCACCGCAGUUGCACUGAAUGGCCUAGUGGAAGCAUCGAAGCUAGUAUCCCAUAAAGAUACUCACGCAACUAGUCAGCGUUGGCAACAUUUGUUGGCCAUCAAUCCUCCCCUGGUCAUAGUCAUGGAACGGCUGCAUUCUGGUGGCAGGAAAUUCGUCGUCCUGGAUUUCGGUGCGCCCAUCUUAUUAACUGACGUCUACAUCCCGGCGUGUCCUGAUUGGGUCUCCAUCACUGUCGAUAUCUGGAAUCGGACAGACAGGAGCAAGAAUGACUCUGACUUGGUCCGUCUGGCCAUCAGCACCGACAUCAACCGUCGACCCGUCAUCUUGCACGACCUUCAACCUUCAGUUAUUUGUCGCUUUUUGAGGUUGACGAUCACUGGGCGACAAGGAUUGAGUGCCACGAGUUGCAAAACGUCCAUAGGUUCUUUUUACGGUCACUCGCUCAUUUUGCCCAACGAUUUGAUUGCUCCAGCCAUGCAUGCUGAGCAUAUCCCCAUUUUAGGCCGGGAAGAAAUUUUAGAGAACAUAGCAACGCUGGAAGUGCUGGCGGAUCACAGCCAGUGCCAUUACAAUUUAGCCGGAGAUCGGCUACGGAGCCUUUUGCGGCCUCUGUUGACCAAUUGGCAUAAAGAUGCUUCAGGAUCGUCAACCCACCACAUCGACCACUAUUUACAAUCGCAAGUCAACCCCGGCCAAAAUGGCAGCUUAGACGAGGACGCUAAAAUAGUCGAAGCUUACGAGGAAUGUCUGAAGUUGCAACGCCAGCAAAAUUUGCUUUGGAGCGCGUUACGAAGACUGCGUCGAUGUCUGAGAGAAAUGGAGAAAAAAGAGCUGGGCGAAUCACGGAGCGAGGAUGAGUCGGUUUCCAUCAGCCAGACGUCAUCGCACAAACUCCACUACAUCGCGCAGAGUUUGGUCAAUGUCCUGCUGGCGUCGACUGCCCUCAAGAAGCAAAUCAAAAUCGAACGCAAAACGGCCGAACAGCUGUUUCAGCAUCUGUACGUCACCUCGUGCCCGGCUUCCCAGCUCUCGACGGCCGCCUUGCUCUCGCAGUCGGAUGACACGUACCGCUGGAUGCCAAAUUUUCUUGCUGACAUGUUGCGAAAGACUUUGUCGUCAGAUCCAUCCACGUCUUUGAUUCCCAAGGACAGGGUAUUUGUGACGCUUCUUUUCAUGGGAUUCAAGGCGAUCCAGCUUUCAUCCGGCAAUCCCCUGCUUGAUCCCGUUUUAGUGGUUUUGAAUGAACAGCUAUCUGUGCUGGAAAAUCGGAAUAAUUGCAGUCCGUUCGCCCUUUCCCACUUGGACUUACCCUUUGUCAACUGGCUGCUACUGUUCUGUUGCUGCUGCCUUGAUAGGACAGCAUCGGCGACCACGAAAGAGACGAAAGCAAAGGAUCAACGCUGGGAUUUUAUGCAAGGUGAGUCGCUCCUGUCGCGAGAUGGAGCCACCGCUGGCGAGCCUAAGAAUGCUGGCGGAUCCGCCGCCUCGCGCAUUUACAGGCGCAAGCUGCAAAAGAAACUGAUGCAACAACCGCAUUACGGCGUAUCAUGGCCUAGUGGCGGCGUUCUCAGCGGAAGCAAUAAAGCCAAAUUUAUACUGGCCCACUCCAAGCAGAAAGGAGGCGGAUUUCCCAUGGAUUCUGGAGUUCAGAUGAGGCGAGCAGCUAUGAUGGACGAGGAUAUGGAUUCGAACGGAGCGGACGACAAAGAAGGAGGAAACGGCAACCGAUCUAUGCCUUCAUCAUGCGGGCAGGCCAUCUGUUCGUCGAGCGGCGCUGCGCAAGUAGCCAAAAAUCUCAUUUCCUUCCUUUUGGUGAUUGGCGCUUCCGGCGCGCACGAAGAAACCUUUUUAUUGACAUGCAAAGUCCUUGCCCGGCUUAUUGGUGCCUCGCAAAAUGGACUCCGCUUAGGCCACAUUGCGGACGAGCAACAGCUAACCACGUUAUUGCGUAUGGCGGCAUCCGCUAGUGGCCAACCCAGUCAGAUGUGGCUUAAUCACGCCAUUUAUUGCCUUCUGAUUGAUUACCUACGAGCCAGUUCUACGAACAAAUCAAACUCGAUAGCAAGUGGCGAAUCCGCGGGAGCAUCCAAAAGCUGCUCGGUCAACUCGGUGUUCACUCACGGAGCCUCCGGAUCAAGAUACGAUGAUAUGCUUCGAUCCGUAUGCUCAGAACCAGAAGCUGGUAGCAGCGGAAGUAACGGAGCAGCAAGUAGCCCGAGUAGUCAUGUGAACAGCAGCCUGUCUCAUAUGCUUCCACUUAAACCCAAAAUGAAAAUGGGCCAAGUCUCGAAGAAACUACCGCCCAUGACUGUUCCCCCCGAGUUACUAGCCUACGAACAGGCCAAAUUGGCGGCUGAAUCGCUGAAGGUCGAUCAGCAUGUCGACGAUUUACUGGAACUUUUUGAGAAUCCCAAUUCGGAGUCUGUCCCUCCCGUCUUGAAAAAAGCGUGGCCAUCCAUUUCGAGUGUAAUGAAAAACCUGGCCGAAUGCAAGAGCGGCUUAUCGACAAGUGGUUAUGGGUCUGCGGCAGGAAUAUUGAGCACGGAAGAAGCCUCAACGUCGGAGGUUUGGGAUCUGCGAGACGAAUCGCGUAGUGACGGACCAUGGAAACAUAAGAGCGAUAUCCUUAGCGACGCCUUUUUCGAAGCCAUUUUGCAAGGACUGACGUCGUCUUUCCACGACAAUAAGAGGCGCCCAUUACCGGAGGAGAUUCCGGGCGACCUCAUCAGCCCCCCAACUCAACCAGAUCAAAGACUUUUGUCUUCCGCUUUUAAUAACCUUUUUAGUUCAGCAAGUUACCUGAAAACCAAAACGGACAUUAUUGCCUCUUUGAAGCUGUGGGUGCUCCUUAACAGCGAAAAUUACGGUUCUUCGCUGGAUUCGGACGCAGGGGGAGCCUCAUCCGCCAUUUCCAACAGUAGUGGAGACUCAUCGGCUAUUUUGCUGAACCCCGAAGCUAUUCGCGUUGUAUUGGAAGUCUUGGCGAAAAUUCCCAUCCUCGACGUGGGUGACUGGACGGCUGUUUUGCGGAGUCUCACUUGGUUAUCGAGCCCUCGUUGGCUUUUAACCGAAACUGACCAACCUCAGCAUUCAAUGGAAAAUGAAUCGCCACAGUCUGAAGAGUUGGCUGAUCAAAUGUGCGCUGGAACAGUCAUCCGCAGUCCGCAUUUAACUUCUAUCCUCUACAGUUUCAUCAGCGGACAAGGAUUGGUACCCUACUCUCUUGGUGACAAACAGCUGGUGGGCCCUUCGAUUAUUUCAACACUGGGCGACGUCCUGUCGUGCCUGAAGGUAUGGUGCAAUACUGCACUAGUAGGCAGUUUUCUCGGUUCUCAGUUGCGCAGUUCCCUUUUCGAACUGUUUCUGGAACUGGCCGUCCCACCCCGUGGACCUAUAUUUCGUGGAAUCGGCCCGCUGGAUGCCCAAAUUUGCUUCGUUGAAGCUCUUCUCAAACUUGGUGUUCAAGGACUGGAUAAAUCUUUAUCGAUCAGAGUCAUUCAAGCUGUCGUGAGCCUUAGUCAAAUGUUUUUGAGCCGUUCGCGAGGUUUAUCUUGCAUCGACAGCAGCAGCCAACUUUCUGAAGAUGAUCGAAUCUGUUUCAGUGGGUUGCACACCGCACCCGCAAUCAGCGGUCCGCUAGGUAGUGGCCCCAACGGUAAUAACAGGGCAUCAGCCGUCGCUCCUUCAGUGCUGUUGACACUGAGCCUUCAACUGGCGAUCCGACUGGUGUCUUUUGCUGAAUAUGGACCGUCUCUCAACUUGGCCGAUAAUGUGCUCUCGACGCGUUCGCUAAUGCACGAGUUGCUGGACGCGGCAAACUAUUGUCAGGCCUCCUCAUUUGCCUCCAGUUUGGGCGCAACAGCCCUAGGCGACUUUGAUGUAGCAUUCAGUAAUUUGCAUACGGUGGCUGACUUCACUCUGGAACUGCUUCAUCAGAUAGCCAUCAAAACUUCAGAUGUCAAACUCUUGUUUUAUCGGCUCAUCGAAUACAUUAAGCCCGACGUAGCAACGCCACUUUUGCCCAGUCAAGGAUGCAGCGAUCUCUCGGAACCUUUGCUCAUCUUCAUGCUAUACGUUCUGAAAACGAAAGAAAAUGUGGACAUCUUCCAUCAAGUCGAAGGAUUUAAGGAAGUUUGUCUGGCCUUAUCUCGAACACCUGUCCAGCUCUUUAACUCGCACAAUCGCUUGGUUAGUAACGUUCUAUCGUACGUGAGUCAGACGACGGCUACUAGUGGUCAAGGAGGCAAUCGAACGCGGCUAAGCUCACGCCAGGCGCGCAGCGGAGGCGCAUCGAUAUUUCCUGGUGCUACUUCAUCAUCAUCGGCUAACGUUGGAAUCCUUCAGAACAGCUAUGUGGACGCUACAUCAUCGCUUGGACCUCUGGCAGUCUUCCGGCGAAGUUGCCUACGGUUAGAUGACGAAGAUGAAUACGGCCUCCUUAAUCUGGCACCGUUGUCAACGAUUAGUUGUAGCCACCCAAGUGCCCAACCGGCAGACGUUCUGCUUCAACCCAAUCCGCCCCACCGACGGGCACGCAGUCCGUUAUGGUCGCAUCAUUUCUAUCCAGCCGAACAAUAUAUCGAAUUGACCAUCACGUUACCUUGCCCAGUUCUCGUCAAAGAGAUUCAACUUCAUCCGCAUUUAACGUCCCUAGCCACUUGUCCAUCUGCCGUGGGCGUGGAAAUGUCUCCGGAAGGAAGUGGCCAGUUUUAUCCCGUCGGAGCGGUGUUGUCCGCCACAGGACUGACGACAAUCGCCUUCAAGUUGGAAUCGCCUCAAGUGGCCGCUUUGGUGUUAUUGCGUCUCUACAAACCGCGCGAUUCGUCCAACAUCGGCCUGGCUCAAAUUCGCAUCCUCGGCAGCUUAGCGCUACCUUCUUCGGAGCAGUCAUUGUGCCCUGGCUCGCUGGCCGGUCAACACCAACCUGGGCUAACAUGGCUCUGCAUUCUACACCAUUGUUUGUCUGUGGCUGAAAAAUCAGAGAACGCUGAUCUGAUGUAUUCACUUCGCCAAACUGCCGGUAGCCUGGAACACCCCGGCAUGGUGGAACGAUGUUGCGGUCUUUUGAAUGCUCAUUUCACUUCGCCAAGAGCUGGCAUUUUGGCCGACGUCGUCCAAAUGGCCUCGGACAUUUUACUUCACCUCGGUCGGCAUUCGAGCGCUUUAGCGCAUCAGUUCAUUCGAUUACAACUUAAAGAAUCGUCUCGGUUGCUGCUCGGUUGCACGCCUCCUGUUGCCAACGUCCUAUACGAGUUGUGCAGCGCGGAAAAUGAAAGUAUUGCUACAUUCGCCACACCACCGGGGGGAUCUGGACAAGCCUUGCUUUUCCAGUGGCUUCAUCGAGCUGCUGAUCAGGGUUCGUUGUCACAGGCCGUGUCCACUUCCAUGGUCCAUUGUGCCGCUGCCGUCCUAUGGCACAGUCCGUGCGCUAUGGAGAAAAUCAUCAAUUACGACUUUGCGAAGUCCCUUUUCGAUUGGACAAGAACGAUUCACAGCUCAGAGCUGAAAAUUGCAGUUGAUUUUGCCAUUUGUUCAGUAUGUCGGCAUUACCCGGAUAUUUUUACAUCGUUGCUCUCUUCCGUCACUAGCGCGGGUUCAUCUUCUCCAUCUUCACUUAACUCUGUUCUCCAAUCAAAGUCCUUGAUGGAAACGUUGGGCAGAGCGGCACAAUCUGAAUCAGCGCUUAACAAACUGGUCCAAUCCGGCCUGCUGAAUUACGUUUCCCUGACUAUCACUGAAUACUGCCACUGUCUUUUGAAACGCCAAGAGGUGAUACCGACCGAUUUAAUCGAACGGGUAGCAGUGGCAUUUGAAUUUUGGACACUGUUAUGUGAAGACUGGGGUUCUGGGGCCAGUCGAGAUGUCCUAGCAGCCUAUCUCGCAGAUAAAUCGCUAUUACAAAUGCUUUUACAAGCGCUGUGUAGUAGCAGUUCGGGCGAUUGCCAAGCCAAUCGUUUGCAGACGAGUAGGAUUGAAGACGCGGCCGUGGCCUUUUUCCGCCAAUUUUGCUGGGCCCAUCGUGACAAUUCACGCCGUUUCGCCGAAAUACUUCUUGGUGUUCUUCAACCUGUCGGUUCCUCGUGUAAGUUGUUGACGGGAUUCACGCGACGUCUUUUACUCCAGUUGUUGCUCGAAUCAGAGAAAAUCUACGUUUACGUGACAUCAGCAUCCGGACAGUGUGGUCUACCUGUCAGUGCCGGAUCGUUGUCGUCCGCCACAAUCGCCGAACCUCGCCAUCCGGCUUUUAAUCAUGGCAAGAAGCACAAGUUGCUUUAUGUCAGUGCAGAGUUGCCAUGUGGAGAUUUUACCAAACUUUUGACAGACUGCGUGAAUGUGCCAAUGCCCGUCUUAAACUGUCAAGACAUCAAAACGGCUCUGAAUUUAACUAGCAAACGACCAACUGUUGAUCGUCUGUCAUCGUCUGAUGCGGAUAAAAAAGCAAAACAAUCAGCCAUGGAUUCGGAAGAGCAUCAAAGAGCGGCUUUAUCACAAAUACUUCAAAACCAGCAUUAUUUGGAUCUUAUCGACCAUCCCACUGUGCCUCUACCUGAUAACUGGACGCUUUCCCAGGCGCUCAGUUACCAGCGCCAGCAGAAUCCGUCCUCCAGAGGAGCUCUCUGCGUACGCCUGAACACGGAACUGGACUCGUUUCAGUCGUCUCCGUCUGCAGCGACACCCAUCGAUCAACAUAUCCAACCGUUGACGACUCUACUGGAAGAAUUCGCCGACCUUGGCGGUCUGGCCGUUUUGUCGCAACACUUGCCGAUGCUUUUGUGCGCGUCGACAUCUACCACAUCAUCUGUAGCCUUUGAGAGUGUUACCCUGUCUCUGAAAGGAGGAAAUUCAAGCGGAGCUCAAAUGUCGUCCCAACCGUCAAUGGCCAAUCCUGGUCCGUCUCAUUUGUCCAGCCAUGUCAACGGUGUUACAUCUGAGACGAUCGAUUCCUGGGUCAAACUAGAUGGAGGUUCGGACGAUAUGGAUGAGGAAAUGGAUGAGAUUCUUAUGCCAUCUGGCUAUUUUCCACCUCCAACUCCGCAGUACAUGAACGCCAAACGGAGCAAAAAUGCUAGUCAGUCAUUGCCCACCACUUGUGCCCUUCCGCUCCAUAGUCUUGCAGCAUUCAGCCUCUUUUUGAGUAUGCCCCUCUAUACAGAGGCUGUUCUACAAGAUAGACGCAGAGCUCAAAUGCUUCUUCGUUUGGCCCUCGGAGUUUCCGAUGAUGGCCAAGGCGGCAAUAUCCUAAACUCUUCGGAUGCAGCACUUUUCCCUGUUUUGCCAUUCGUCCUUUUGCAGCAGGUGCUAGACAAGCAUCCGCUGGAUAGCGAAAAGGGAGCUGUUAUCCGACAACAAGCAGUCGAUAUGGGUGUCCUGCAAUUGUUGUUGGCAUGUUUGGCUGUUUUUACUCAACAAGUGACAUCGGCAAAUGUCGCGAUUCCAUCUUUGAACGUACAAUUUGUUGUGGGGACUCCCAAUGGAUGCAGCUCGAGUGCACCAGUCAAGAAAGAAUCAGCCAACAAUGCGCCUGAUGCCAACCCUGUUGCAACUACUCAGACCGGCUCUGCCAUGGGUGCCGUUACAUCGCAAUCCCAGCUACAGCAACAGCAAUACUGGGCAAAAGGAACUGGCUUUGGCACGGGUUCAACAGCACAAACGUGGGAUCUUGACGGUGCAAUGCAACGCCAGAGACAACAGGAGGAACAAGCCACCUGCUUAUUGCAUACCUUAGCCGCCUACGUUCAUCCCAGCUGCACGCCAGCAGCUCUUACUCCACCUGGAUGCACCAGAUCACAAAUUCUUCCGGUGGAGCUGCUUAACAUUGUCUUGGCAUCACAUUUAGUGGCGGCCAUUUGCUCCUAUCUCCGCAAUGAUUCUGUGAUGGAUAUGGCGCGGCACGUGCCGCUGUACAAAGCAGUUUUGUUGCUUCUUCGCUCUAUCGCGGCUUGCCCGAAAUUAGUGCCUCUCUUAUUACCUUCGUCGUUAGGGAACAACAAGGGCAGUACGUCGACAAACGGAAGCAGUCAAUCCAUCCAUGCACUUUUGCGAAAGUUGAAGAACUAUGUUUCCAGCUACACCGCACGUUUGGCCUCGGUUCAAAAUCGAACGACCAGCACUCAAGAAGAUUCGGAUUCUGAAGAAGGCAUCGCCGAUUUGUCCAAAGACAUAUGCGAAACCUGGACUAUUGUGAAGGGGGUAGUGUUAGAUCAUUCUGGAGGUGACGAAAUAGAUGGCCAAGACAGCAAAUCGUCUGACCAGUCAAAAUCAUCUAUUGGCCGAUCUUUCCUUUCAACGGAGUUGAUUCAGAGCCGGUCGCCAGAAAAACUAUAUUGCGAUGUGAUGCAGCCAUCGCAAUUUGACUCCUACGAACUGCUUGUAGAGAGCCCUGACACAGUCAUGGGUAGCCGUUUCACCGUCGCUUAUCACUUUGAAAACGCGGUCAAAGCUGCAGGAGAAAGGUGUCAUCCGAAUCGGAUGAAACGCUUAGCACAAGAGGUUGCCACCCUUACUACAUCUCUACCGCUUUCGCUCAGUUCAUCUGUGUUUGUACGCUGCGACACGGAUCGAUUAGAUAUCAUGAAGGUUUUGAUUACCGGUCCAAGUGAAACACCUUAUGGAAAUGGAUGCUUUGAAUUCGACGUUUAUUUCCCGCCUGACUAUCCGCAGUCACCUAUGCAAGUGCAUUUAGCCACGACUGGGAGACACACAGUUCGUUUCAACCCUAACCUUUAUAACGACGGUAAAGUUUGCCUGUCGGUGUUGAACACGUGGCACGGUCGACCGGAAGAGAAAUGGAACCCACACACGUCGAGCCUCCUUCAAGUCCUCGUAUCCAUUCAAUCUUUGAUUCUCGUUUCGGAGCCAUACUUCAACGAGCCUGGCUAUGAAAGAUCACGAGGCACGCCGUCAGGAAAUCAAAACUCACGUGACUAUGACGUCAAUAUCAGACAGGCGACUGUCAAGUGGGCGAUGUUGGAACAGAUUCGCAAUCCAGCUGCUUGUUUUAAACAGGUGACCCAUGCUCAUUUUUGGCUCAAGCGUCAAGAAAUUGAAAAGCAGUGCGAAGAAUGGAUUGCUGAGAUGGAGAAGCAAGUGGAAAGCGAUCCCAAUGGUGCGAGAGCCGUUGCUGCGGGUCUGACUGCCCUUAAGCGACAUUACGGUCAAUUGAAGGAAGAACUAGCUCGACUAAGCCCGCCUCCAUGUUUGGCAGCUAUUCCACAACCGGAAGUGCCCAUGGAAGAAGAUGAGGAAGAGAAACCGUUGAAAACAUCGCCACUGCCCAGUGAAGAAUUCGCCAUUGCUUACGAAGAGGAAGGCGAAGAAGAGGACGAAGAUGAUGAAGACGAGGAUGAAGAAGUCGAAGAAGAAGAGGAUGACGAAGACGACAUAUCCAGCCAGUUGCUAAAUGCGGGUAAAGAAGAAGAGGCGGAAGGUGAAGUCGGAAAUGACCUGGAUGAGUUGAAAGAAAUUAUGUUCUCCAACGCUGACUCGGACGUGCCACUCUCGUGGAAAGAAGACCUGGAAGACAGUGAGACGGAAAUGGACAAUUUCGUCUCGCAGUUCACCAUAUAAUUGCAAUUUUUGUUUUGUUUCUCUCCUGGUUCUGAAAAGUUUGAACAAGCUUACGUCCAGAGCAUGCUCUUGCACAUCGUCAUCUUACAGAAUAACUGUUGUGUAUGUUUAUUUUGAAAUUGAAUUUUUUCGUUUUUCUGAGGUUACCGAAAUUAAAUUUUUUUUUUUUUUUUUACUAUUUUAAGACCACCUUCUUCCCUCUUCGUUUGAUGAACAUUUUUGUCUUUUUUUUUUUUCACGCUCGCCUACUUCAUUUGGAGCCCUGAUUUCUAUUACCAUAUGGAGAACUAAUAUGUAUCUAUCAAGUGUUUAAUGGCUGUCACUUUGUGAAAUAAAGCAAUUAUGCAAAAUC